UAGGUAAGUACCGUUCGACGCGCUACGUCUGACGCCAGUCACACCACAACCUUCGUCGUGUCAGGUGCACGGAGGUGCUCCUGAGGAACCACACACGCGCACAGUUCGUUCACAGUCCGACACAGGCAGCCCGUAGAUCUUCCUUCACUGGCUUCAAAGAAACAGGAGGAUGUGGUGGUCGAGGACGUCGCUUCUAUUGGUACUAGUCGGGCUGGCGGGCUCUGAAAAGAAUAAUGAGGACGAUGCGUCCAGCGUCUUCUUCGAGGAGGCUAAAAACUUCUUUUCCCAGCAGUCGCUCGAAGACAUGGCCCAGACUUUUGCGCAUUCGGAUUCCGGCAAGCAAGUUCGCGACAUGAUGUUUGAAAAAAGAUCCACGGACGGUGUCGGCCAGAUCAUCUCCGGGCUAAGUAAUUUAAUGUCAGGUGGACAAAAUAAUCAAGGCUUUGAUAUAUCAAUGGUGGGUUCAAUUCUGAGCGCCUUGAAUACUGGUAAGAGAUCGGCGAGAGACACGGAACAUACGGGGGAUUCCGGCAUAGACUGGGGCAGCAUAGUCAACAUGGGCAGCAUGUUCUUGCAACAAAAUGCGAACAACGACAUGGCAAUGGGUCUCGUGCCAAUGCUUCUAGACGCCUUGGGUCAUGGAAUGAACGACAACGAUGCCGGGAAUAAAGAUCACUCGGGGCAUUCCUGGUUCUUGCCACCGAUAUUGGAGAACAUUCACGUCAUGUGGGAGCAUUUCAGGUAG